AGCUACAUGAGGUAUAUAUCUCACAAAGUUUGUUCAUUUAAUUUUCUAAUUUGAUUUAUUUAAUCAUAUAACAAUUUUCAUAUUUUUGUAUUAGGUUCAUUUACAAAUAUGUGGUACAACAAGGUCGCCAAAAUAAGUUUUUAUUUGUCAAUCCUAAUAUUGUUGCCACUCAAGGGAGUUCAUUCGACGAUCGUGUUCAAAAUCUGUUCAGACGAUGCAAUGACAUAAAAUCAAAAGAACAAGUUAUGCUUGUCCCUUGGAACCAUGGGUAAGUUUAAAAAGUUGUCAUUUUUCCGACCCAUAUCAAUACUUUCUUUGUUUAACAUUUGAGUAAUAAUUUUUUGGUUUUUCUUAUGCAGUGAACAUUGGAUGUUGCUUAUUUUGGCACCGUAUGCAUAUCAUGUUUAUUGUUGUGAUCCGGUGAAUUCAGAUCUCAAUAACCGUGAGGAGGUUGUAUCAGUGAUCGUCAGUGCUUUAAAUCUUUUUUUCUCUAUGAAUCUUCCUGAUGUCGAGAUCCCUGAUACUCUACGCAUUAAGCAACCUCAGUGUCCACACCAACCGGACAAUGUGGCAUGUGGAUACUACAUAAUGAGGAUGUUAAAGGAUUUGAUUGAACAUGCGAGUCCCGGACAUUACUUGAGAACGCUAACAAGUACAUCAUAUACAGAGGCACAAAUUGAUGAGUUUCGACAAGAAUGGGCGACAGAUAUGAUACAAAUAAUCCAACGUAACCGACCUCGUUGAUAGGUUUUUUUAUUUUUUACCUCUUUCUUCAUACAUAAAUGCAAUAUUUGUUAAUUUUGAAUAUGUCUAACAAAUAUUGUAUUUUUUUUUUAUUUUUGACAUCUUUCUUCAUACACAAUGCAAUAUUUGUUAAUUUUGAAUAUGUCUAACAAAUAUUGUAUUUCUUGUAUAUGUCUAACAAAUAUAUAUGUAUAACAAAUUUUGUGUUUCUUGCAUAUUUUUAUUUUAUUAAUUAUGGAAAUUUUAAUUUAAAUUAAUAUUAAAUUGAUUUCAAUUUAAUUAAUUAUUAAA